UAACGUUUUGCUGCUCUCAAGUUUGUUGGAUUUACAUAAAAACACAACGCGCGUUCAGCUGUGACGAGCUACACGUUUCUCCGUGAUCGACUGGAGAUGACUUGGCAGAGAUGUGAAACUCCCAUUGAUUGAUCUCCACUACACUCCCCGCUGACCAGAGAAAACACUCGAUAGCGAAUGCGAGAGGGGAUUUAAAUUGGACAAAUACUGUCCACCUCGCUCGACGGAUAAGGUAGCUAUCUGUUUUCUCGAGCGGACCGAGGUAAUCCGCUGUUAGCGCUCUUCAACGACCGGGCAAACCUCGACACAGUGCGACGUUAGCUAGCUUGUAAUGUCGGCACUGUUGGACUUGUUUUCCCCUCUAGACUCCGCUUCCUGUUAGCCUUGGGCUAGCUGGAAAAUCGAAAUUAUGCUAAUGAACGAGCGGGUAUAGUUAGCCAACGCAGAGGGGUGUAACUUUUCUACUUGUAUUCGGCUACCCGCUGCAGUUCAGUUGCGAUUUAUUAACGAGCCUAUGCUAAUAACUUUGUUUCACAGGCUGCUACCGGGGCAGCUGGUUUUCUUUAGUUUGCUAACGCUCGACAGCUAGCCAUCUUGCUUGUGUUGAGGGAUUUAAGUAUUUAACUUGACAAGCUCUUGAUGGCAGCGAGCGGGCGAUAUUAACUUCAGAGCUGCAGUUGCAUGUUCGUAUAUGCGUCUGCAGUGGGACCACACGUGUAGGACCCGUUUGCGUGCGAUAUUCGCCUUUAAAAACACUUUAUAUCACUGUGGGGAAAAAAGAAGCUCGACUGCUCCACUGUGAAAAGACAAUAGAGAACCUGAGACUUGCUCAGCUGUUGUUCUUAGUAACGACGAAAACCCCCCACAGAUAAGUAACUUAGACAAGAUGAUAUUUUGACGAUUAUUUUUGUUAGACCACAUGCUGAUAUAGCUACGAUAUAUAUGUUUUUUUUUUAAAUACUUGUGUGCGUAAAUAAUUAAGCGGUUUACAGAGAGAGUGGAUGUGAUGCAGAUGGUGUUUGUGCGACAUAUGAGGGCUGAACCCGCUGCCUCCAGGUGUCUCAUCCCAUUAUAUUGACACAACAGCUUUAGAUGCCUCAGAAAACACUCGCAGUAGCCGGUCGUUAUCAGAGGUAACUAGGUGGGUAGCCCGACGCGGAGCAGCGGUCAGAAGAGGGAGGCUCCUGUCCGUUUCUGGACGUCCAUCUCUCCAGCCUACCUUCAUCACGUCCAUCCACCACCACCACCGCCGCCCUCCUAUUCCUCUUCCUCUCCCUCCUCCUCCUCCUCCUCUUCCUCCCCAGCCAUGGACCCCCCGAGGACUCGGUCGCGGUCUCGCUCCGGCUUUUAUCAUUUCGGCAUGAACGGCAACGUUGGGAGCAACGGCAGUGGGAACGCGGUGGGUAACGGGAGCAUGAUGAACGCCAGCGGAGGAGGGGUGAGCUACCCGCAGCAGAGCAACCCCGGCUGGGCGCCGCACCACGGUGGUCGGAGCUACCCGGAUAACCAGCAGCAGCACACCCAGGGGAGCUACCUGUCCGCAGGGGCGCAGCGCCACUCUUCGCACGGAGCUCACAGACACCCCGGGGCCGGAGGACUGUUACAUUUUCAUCCGGAUAAUGUGUGCAGCGACGAUCGGGACAAAAUGGAAGACAGCCCGAGCCCGAAAAGGCAGCGUCUCUCCCAGCAGUCCAUGUUGGAUCUAAACUCCGCCCCUCCCUCGACUCCCUCCUCUCCCAUUCGCCCCUGGGAGCUUCCUCCCAGUCGCAGACCACACCCCCACUACAUGCCAGAGAGAUGCCACACGCCUCUUCGAAACAGACGCAGCCCUCCGAUGAGACGCCAACGUGGCCGGAGAGACCGUCUGACCCGCCACCACCACCACCACGCCCACAACAAUCACCACCACUACAACAGCAACAACAAUCACCACCACCACCAUCACCACCCCAACGCCCACCAUCAUCACCAUCACCACCUACACUCCCACCACGGGCUGUCGCCGGGCCACCAGGAUGAGAACUACCGUCACCCGGCUCCCCCUCAGGGCUACACACCCUACAGCCAGCAACCUCCCCGAGGGCUGGGGCCCGGUCCCGAGGACCGCCCAGGGCACCAUCCACCAAACCCCUCCCCGAGGCCUCUCCACCAGUCCCCCAACCUGUCUCCAAGGCUGCUGCACCCUGCAGCCCAUCCACAGCACCCGCACCCACAUCUCCACCCACACCCAUCUCAGCAACAGAGCAGUGUGGUGCUGGACCUCCAUGAACAGGGUUCAGUUCCAGUAUCGUAUCCUGUGUCUCCACCUGGAGCACCACCAGGCCUGCCGCCUCGUUCUGCCCCUCAGCAGAUCCCAGCAUGCUCGGUGGUCUUCAGUGGACAGCACUAUCCCGUCUGCAGUGUCCCUCCUCCUGUCCUUCAGACCUGUUCUGUGCAGCACUUACCCAUGUCUUACCCAUUCCCAUCGCUGCUAUCCAGUGACCCAGCCUUCUUGCUCCCCCCUCCUCACCUACCCCAUCCCCCAGCACACCUCUCCCACCACCCACCUCACCUGCCCCAGCCGGGACAGUUUGGCCCCUAUCCGACACAGCAGGCUCGAUCGCCGUUACAGAGGAUAGAGAAUGACGUGGAGCUGCUCGGAGAACACCUGUCUUUGGGUGCAGGGCUCCACUAUCCUCCCGCCACCCAUCCUGCCCUGACACCGCACUCUACCCAGCUGCACUUCCUCUCCCAUGACCCCCUGCCCCAGGAGUUCUUUGGAGUGUCCUAUCCAAACUUUAUUCCUCGGCGUCUCCCGGGGCGACGGUACCGCUCACAACAGCCACUGCCACCUUCGCCUUACCACCCCAGCCUCCUGCCUUACUUCCUUUCAAUGCUGCCAGUCCAGCCCACAGGUCCUGCGAUCAGUCUUGAGCUGGAUGUAGACGAUGGAGAAGUGGAAAAUUAUGAGGCCCUCCUGAACCUCGCUGAGCGUCUUGGAGAGGCCAAACUCCGAGGACUGACCAAAGGAGACAUCGAACAGCUUCCUUCUUAUCGGUUCAAUCCAAACAACCAUCAGUCUGAACAAACACUGUGUGUGGUGUGUAUGAGUGAUUUCGAGUCCCGCCAACUGCUGCGAGUCCUGCCCUGCAGCCAUGAGUUCCAUGGGAAGUGUGUCGACAAGUGGCUGAGGGCCAACAGGACGUGUCCCAUCUGUCGGGCCGACGCCUCAGAGGUCCAGAGAGACUCCGAGUGACCACAUGAGGGAGCCAGACACUCCUAAAUGUCUGUUCAGUGCUACCUGCUCCUGAUAUAGUGAUACACAUGUACAUCCUUACACACACACACACACACCCCACUUCCUUGUCUGUUUGUGCAGCACUUCCUGCUCAUUUCUUAUCCUUUAAAUCUUAAUCACCUCUCCUUUGCAUUUGUCUCGCCCCCCCCAGUUUAUUUUCCUUUCUAUCAGUGUGUCCCAUUCACAUGAAUGAAGGCCCUCACAUCUCUCAGUGAAUUACACCCUGCCUGACCACUAUUCUGCUGUGGUGUGUGUGUGUGCAUGUACAUGUGCAUGCAGAACUGUGCAAGCAUUGUUCAAUCAGCCCUGUAAUGUCGGGCUGUGGUACAGGACUGUGUUUUCUGUGUGUUUGUGUGUGUGUGUGUGUGUGUGAGAGAGUGAAUGAGAGAGAUUUUUAGGUGUCCUGGAGCAUGCCUGAGUUUCUGUUGUGUAUCAGACAAGAGUUAGUGACAUCUGAGAGUUUUUGCUCUCACGAGUGACUGAUUUUACUUCCUGUUUGUACGUUCAUGCACUGUCCGUCUGUAUGCAUACUGUGUGUGAGUGUCUGCGUGUGUAUGUACGUUAUGUUAUGUUGACUUAAAUCCUUUUCUCUAGUUUGACACUAAGGGUCCAUGUUGCCACUAUACGGUUGCCUAUUUGAUCCAUUUGUUUUAGAAGAUUAUUAUUAUUAUUAUUAUUAUUAUUAUUAUUAUUAUUAUUAUUAUUAUUAUUAAACCAUUAUAAGUGAUUGUUUGUUUUCCUGCCUGGCAGUUACCUCAUCAUUCCGGUUUUUGGUCACCUUUCAUUACGCUUCAUGGCACUACUUUGAAAUAAGCACAUUAUAUAUUUUUUCUUUUUCUUUCUUUUCUUAGUAAAAAUGAGUUUGUCUGUGACUUUGCGGUGGCACAUGUGUUACAUAUAUACAUAUAUCUAUAUAUACUGUAUAAAUCUAUGAAUAUCUGUAUACCAAAUAAAAGGCUUGAUAUGAACUUUUUAAA